CAAGGUAAUUGUAGAGUACCUAUGCAAUGGCUAUAUCCCAACUGAGAAACUCUAGGCUUCCAUUGAUGAAUUUAGUAAGAAUGAAUGGAGUACCUAUAAUACAGCAGCUACAUCUUGAAGAAAAGCUGCUUCGAACUUCACCAGAAAAUUGGUGUAUCAUUAAUGAUGGAACACCCGAUCCUACAGUUGUCAUGGGAAUAUCGGGCAAGGCUGCGGAACUUCUUGAUGUUAAUUCCGUGCUGCGAGAUAAGAUUUCUGUCAUCAAACGAUUCACUGGGGGAGGUACUGUUAUUGUCGAUCAUGGGACAAUCUUUGUUUCAUUCAUAUGCAACAAGGAGGCUGUUCCUGGUUUGCAAGCAUAUCCUCAGCCAAUAAUGGCAUGGAGUAGUCUAUUGUAUGAUGAAGUCUUUCGGGGAUCUGAGGACUAUAGGCUACGUGAAAAUGAUUACGUGUUUGGAAGCCGAAAAUUUGGAGGCAAUGCUCAAUCCAUCACUAAAAAUAGGUGGAUCCAUCACACAUCAUUUUUGUGGGACUAUGAAGAUGCAAAUAUGACGUACUUGAAAAUACCUCAGCGAGCACCAAAGUAUAGGCAGGCUAGGGAGCAUUCAGAAUUUAUAUGUCGCAUGAAGGAUGUUUUACCGAGAUCAGAAUUUAUCCAUCGUACAAUCAAGGCAGCUGAAACCCAUUUUUCGUUGACAUCCAUUCCACUGGAUCAAAUUGAAUCUCUUGAUAGUACAAAGUUUAAUCCGUCUUCCAAGAUUCUAACAACAGAGGAACUGGAGGCUACAAUCCAAAAGGAAGAUGACAGUUUAUUAUCCCAGUCAUUGUGAGGAUUUGCUCGUUUGAUCAGCAAGCCAAGAAUACUUUUUUCUUCAUGGAAUUAUUAUCUUCAUUACAUCAUAAUUCAUGAAUUUAAUUGUAUAGAAACUUUUAUAAUUUGAACUAACCAAUUUUUGACUCACCACUAAAAAGCACAGCUAAAAAGUGGUUACUGUUGAAUUAAUAAAUAUUGGUAAUAAUUGAUAUUA